AUGUCGCCCACGCUCGACAAGCUCCGCCGCGCCUUUGCCGGUCUCGCGCCACGUGUCCUUGAUGCGGAACUCCGUAUCCAAAGCAGCUCUUCGGUAGCGCGCGUGUCUGCGCUCCUCGUGGAGUCCGAAGAUGCGCACGGAAGCGAAUACGUGAGCUCCCGAGACAUGCGCCGCACGUUCGUGUCUGGGUUCGACGGGUCGGCCGGCACCGCUUUGAUCACCCACGACCACGCGUACUUGUGGACGGACGGGCGGUACUUUCUGCAAGCCGAACAUCAGCUGUCCAAAGACUGGACCCUCAUGCGACAAGGACAGAAGGACGUACCCACGGUCGAGGAAUGGGUCGAAGCCAACCUCCACGCCGGCGACGCAUUGGCGAUCGACCCGCUGCUCACGUCCGUGGCCACGGCGCGACGUCUCGUCACGUCCGCGUCCAAGUCGAACGCGUCGGUCGUGUGCUGCGAAUGGGGCGCGAAUGUUGUGGACCAAGUGUGGGCGGACGCCCAGCCCGCUCGCGUGCCGUCCGACCUGCAAGUGCUUGGAGAGCAGUUCACCGGCGCGUCUGUCGCCACGAAACUCUCCAACCUUCGAGUGGACUUGGCCAAGAAGCACGCGACGGCUAUUGUGCUCACGGCGCUGGACGACAUUGCGUGGUUGUUUAACAUUCGCGGCUCGGACGUCGAAUUCAACCCUGUCGUCAUGGCGUAUGCGUUGGUGACGGUCACCAGCGCCACACUAUUUGUGGACGCCCAGGCCCUGACCCCCGACGUCCUGGCGCAUUUCGGCUCCCACGUCCAAAUCCAAUCGUACGACACCGUGGUUGCCGAGAUCGAAGCGUAUGCCGCGAGUGUCCCCAAGGACACCGCGUCCAUCUUGGUGGACCCUGCGCAGUGCAACGUCGCGGUCUUCUCGGCCAUCCCGCCGGCUCUGCGCAAGGAAGCGCCAUCCAUCGUCCUCCGCCACAAAGCCAUCAAGAACCCCGUGGAGAUCCAAGGCAUGAAGAGCGCGCAUAUUCGCGACGGCGCGGCGCAAGUCCGAUUCUUCCAUUGGCUUCAAGAGGCCGUCACGUCUGGCCAAGUCAUCACGGAAGUGUCGGCCGACAAGAAGCAGCAACAGUUUCGUCGGCAAAUGGACCACUUCAAGUCGUUGAGCUUUGCGACCAUUUCCGGGUCGGGCCCCAACGGCGCCAUCAUCCAUUACCAUGCGGACGACGAAGCCACUUGUGGCCGUGUCACCACAGACCAAAUGUACUUGAACGAUUCUGGCGCGCAGUACCUGGAUGGGACCACAGACGUGACGCGCACGGUCCAUCUGGGCCAGCCCACGGCCCACGAAGUCCACUGCUUUACUCAUGUGCUCAAGGCGCACAUUGCGCUGGCUACGGCUGUGUUUCCCAAUGAAUGCGAAGGCGUCAAGCUGGAUGCCAUCACCCGCGCGCCGUUGUGGAAGGUUGGCUUGGAUUACCGCCACGGCACAGGGCACGGCGUGGGGGCGUUCUUGAAUGUGCAUGAAAAGGGCGUGUUGAUGUCGUUCAAGCUCAACCCCACGGGGCUGCUCAUUUCCGAGCACAUGAUUGUCAGCAACGAGGGUAUUACGAAGACGGCGCGUUUGGCAUUCGCAUCGAAAACCUCAUGGUUGUUGUCGAGGCCCCCCACGUCGGCAAGUCGGCGUAUGGCAAGUUUUGCACGUUUGAAACGAUCACGUUGAUCCCUAUCCAGCGCAAGCUCAUCGACGUGACGGAGCUCACGGCCCAUGAGAUCGCCUGGGUCGACACGUAUCAUGCGGACGUCCGCGCCAAACUCUCGCCGCUCUUGGAAGGCGGUGCAUUGGCUUAUCUUGAGCAUGAAACCCGCCCCCUUGUGCAGUAGAUGGCAAUCCACACUUCGUAACGGGAAUACAUGGGACCUACCACGCCAGCCUGUGGUGGUCUUGAACUACUCUUUUUUGACUGGCAGUCAACAACCAACGGAACUAACUCUGUAUCGUCCACAGCAUUGCGGCGAUUCCUAUGGACAUGUAUAUACAUAUCGG